UUAAUUCAUGCGCAUGGCUUAUUAUUCUACCGUACGGUUCGUGGCGUCAUAAUAGCUGUACAACAUUUGGCCCCUCCCUUCCCUCUCGUUGAAGGGAGGAGGCGGGUCGCAACCUCACGCACAGCUUUUCGUGGUGAUGUAACGUUCAAGUUUGUGUGUAGAGCAGCAUGCUAGGAAGCGUUACGUUUACAUCAGUUUCUACCGUUGUUGCUAGUACAUUCACCCACAAUCUGCUAAGACUUCUGCAAAGGACAGGACACGGAUUUCCAACGUGCCAUUCAGGAAUAUAACUCCGCACAGAUAAUUAAUACGAACGCAGCGUUGCGACACUUUUGGUUUUUGUUAAUACAGGGUCACCUGGGAAAAUGCGAAUCCAAGCCAGGCCAUACCGAGGAACGCAGGAUGGCUUUAUUCAACCACACACGAGAGCAUAAAUGAUUUUCAUGAACUCAUUUGCAGAUUUGGUCUUCAACAGUGGUGAAGAUGCGGAAGGAUGUCAGAAUAUUACUGGUGGGAGAGCCCAAGGUGGGGAAGACUUCUCUGAUCAUGUCGCUGGUCAGCGAGGAGUUCCCAGAUGUGGUUCCUUACCGGGCCGAGGAGAUCACCAUACCGGCGGACGUCACCCCGGAGAGAGUUCCUACUCACAUCGUGGACUACUCGGAGGCUGAGCAAACUGAUGAGCAGUUGUCUUCUGAGAUAUCAAAGGCCAAUGUAAUUUGCAUAGUAUAUGCCGUCAACAACAAGAAGUCCAUUGAGAAGGUGACCAACCAUUGGAUCCCUCUUAUAAAUGAGAAUACAGACAAGGACAGUAGGGUUCCCAUCAUCCUAGUCGGGAACAAGUCUGACCUGGUGGAACACAGCAGCAUGGAGACCAUCCUGCCCAUCAUGAACCAGUACACUGAGAUCGAGACCUGCGUGGAGUGUUCAGCUAAGAACCUGAAGAAUAUUUCAGAGUUAUUUUACUACGCCCAGAAAGCGGUCCUGCACCCCACAGGUCCUCUGUACUGUCCAGAGGAUAAAGAGAUGAAGCCAGCUUGCAUCAAAGCCUUGACUCGCAUCUUUAAGAUCUCAGACAUGGGGAAUGACGGCAUUCUCAAUGAUAAUGAGCUCAACUUCUUCCAGAGGACAUGCUUCAACGCUCCCCUGCAGGCUCAGGCCCUGGAGGAUGUGAAGAAUGUCGUGCGGAAGAACGUCAUCGACGGCGUCCGUGACAACGGCCUCACACUCAAAGGUUUCCUGUUCCUCCACACACUCUUCAUCCAGAGGGGGCGACAUGAGACCACCUGGACGGUACUCAGGAGGUUUGGCUACGACGACGACCUGGAGCUCCACCAGGACUACCUGUUCCCGUUCACGUUGAAAAUACCUCCUGGCUGCACCACCGAGCUGAAUCACAACGCGUACCUUUUCCUCCAGAGUGUCUUUGACAAGCAUGACAAGGACCGGGACUGUGCCCUGUCCCCAGAAGAACUCAAGGACCUGUUUGACGUUUUUCCUUACUUGCCCUGGGGUCCCGACGUCAACAACACUGUGUGUACCAAUGACCAGGGCUGGAUCACCUAUCAGGGCUACCUGUCGCAGUGGACGUUGACCACCUAUCUGGACGUCCAACGUUGCCUGGAGUACCUAGGUUACCUCGGUUACUCCAUCGUCUCCGAGCAGGAGUCCCAGGCAGCUGCCAUCACAGUGACGAGGGACAAGAAGAUUGACCUGCAGAAGAAACAGACCCAGCGGAGCGUGUUCCGCUGUAACGUGUUCGGGGACAGGGGCAGCGGCAAGAGCGGAUUCCUCCAAGCCUUCCUGGGAAGAAACCUCGUGCGUCAAAACGCCAUUAAUGAAGAGCACGUGUCUUACUACGCCAUCAGCACGACUUACGUCUACGGUCAGGAGAAAUACCUACUGCUCCAUGAGGUCGUCCCGGACAUUGACGUCCUGUCAGAUGCAGAGCUAACUUGUGACAUCGUGUGUCUGGUCUAUGACUCCAGUAACCCCCACUCCUUUGAAUACUGUGCCAGAAUCUUCAAGCACUACUUCUUGGACGGAAAGGCGCCGUGCAUGAUGAUCGCGGCCAAGUCGGACCUGCAGGAGGCCCGGCAGCUGUAUGCCCUCAGCCCUCUGGAGUUCUGCCGGGCCCACAAGAUGCCCCCUCCGCAGGGCUUCACCUGCAACACUGCGGACGCCCCCUGCAGGGACAUCUACACCAAGCUGGCCACCAUGGCCAUGCACCCUCACGCCCGGCUGCGCUGUAUGUGUAACUGCAACAAGUGCACCUUCUGUCAGCUGCAGAACUUCCUGAACUCGGAGCUGGUGCAGACGGUGAAGGCCAAGCUCUACACAGCCGUGCUUAGCAGACACAUGACCCAGGCUGACCUCGGGAGCUCCACCUUCUGGCUGAAAGCCAGUGUGGGAGCCACCAUGUUUGCUGUGCUGGGCUUCGCCAUGUACAGAAUGUUGCUCAAACAACGUUGACCUCCCUACAAACCCGACGUCUGAAAUACAAGUACCCAGAAUGUUUGUCCUAUUUCGUCUGUGGUCAGCGGGAUGGAUCCAAUCUUCAACUUUUUUCAUCAAUAAAAGUUGAUUUGAAUUGCAGACUAAGUGAACAUGGAUCUUUCCCAUAUUCCAUAAGAGUUGGCAGAAAAGCACUGAUCUCCGGCAAGGCUGAACAUUAAACACUCCCCCCCCCCCCCCC